AUGAUAUCCGUCUGUCCAACGACCCUAUCCCCCUUCCAUCUCACUUCACCACCGCAAAACCCUAGCCACAGACCAUCCAAUCUCCGCCCUCUCACCGCCCUUGUUUCCGAUUCUCACUAUGAAACCGAAAGAGGUUUUGAAUUUGAAACCGGAGACACCUUCUUCCGCCACGAAAGCGCUACCGGCCGGGAUCUCGGUGUUCUAGCUGCCGCUCUUUAUAAGAGGUCCAACGAUAAGCUACGAGUUCUUGAUGCAAUGUGCGGUUGUGGAAUUCGAUCUCUGCGUUACUUAGCUGAAGCCAGAGCUGAUUUUGUGUUGGCUAACGAUGCAAACGAGGAUUGUAAUGGUGUUAUAGUGUCCAAUUUAUCGACGGUUUCGAGUGAGGACGAAGGGAGAUGGAAGGUCAGUCAUUCGGUUGCGAAUCGUGUUUUGGCGGAGAGAUAUGUUGAGAGGGAUUAUUUCGAUUUCAUUGAUGUUGAUUCGUUUGGGAGUGAUUCCAGUUUCUUUAGGUCUGCAUUUGAUACUGUCAAAUUGGGUGGAUUGCUUUACGUUACAUCAACCGACGGAUUUUCUUCCGGCGGCCAUCGGCCUAACCAUUCCUUAGCUGCAUAUGGAGCAUACAUUCGGCCGCAUCCCUACUCGAACGAAAUUGGUUUGCGGAUGCUUAUAGGUGGUGCUGUACGCGAGGCUUCUGUUUUGGGUUAUCACGUUUCGCCACUCUUUUCAUACUAUUCAUACCAUGGACCUGUCUUCAGAGUCUUGCUACGCGUUAACCGCGGAAAGCUACCACAUGGGCAUGUACUAUUGGUUACCGUCUGUUUGCAUUAUAGGUUUAUCAGCUACUGUGAUUCUUGUGGUAACUCUCAAGCUGUUUCAUGGGAUGAACUUGGUCAAAUGAAUUGUUCUUGUGGAUCAGAUGUACCUGAUUCACUUGUUGUUUCUGGGCCUCUUUGGACAGGGCCUCUUCACUGUGCAGCCUAUCUUACAGAAAUGCUUGGUUUGGCAGGAGAAUGGGGAUGGUUGGGCAGUGGGACAAAAAAUGAUCUCGAUAAACUAUUACAGCGGAUGAUUGAUGAAAGUGAUCCCAAUUUAUCAUUUGGUUACAUCAAACUUGAUGAGAUAGCAAGCCGUGCGAAGGUCAAUUCUCCUCCUCUAGUGACAAUAUUGAAUGCAAUCCACCAGGAGGGAUACAGUGUUAGUAGAUCUCACAUUUCCUCCAAUGCAAUCAAGACAAAUUGCCCCAUGUCAGAGUGUAUUAGGAUCGCCAAGCAACUGCGCCAAUGCUGAGUUAUAUAAAGACAGAUGGCUGUUUUUGGCUUUUUGAGUAUUGCACCACAAAUUGAACUGCAUAGUCCCAAUGGAAGCUGAUUGUUGGCACUUGGCAGGGGCCGAGUCUUCUACUACUGACCCUCCCACACACAAAAGACUAUUCUACCCUUUAUUUGCUUUCUUUCUAAUACGGACUCUGUUCUCAUCAAAGUGCCGUGGUGUUGAUAGACCUUCUAUUCUUAACAAGCAUCAAGUUUCACACAUCUCAUGUUGGCUCCACUGAUAUAAACGGCUUAAGUGUAACGCUGUGGCACACCAUAGGUCUAAUGAACACCUUUUGUAACACAAUAUUUGAUUUUUCUUGCCUUUUAAUGUCUUCUUUGUUAGUUUUUAAUAUGUAAUCUGAUUUAAAUUGUUUAA